CGGUGGAUGCUUCCGGGCAGCGAUGAAAGGCUUAUCGGGCAGCCGUAGCCAUCACCACGGGAUCACCUGUGAGUCUGCUUGUGACUCGCUGUCCCAUCGCUCGGAUCGCAAGCCCUACCUGCUGAGCCCGGUGGACCACCACCCUGCCGACCACCCUUACUACACCCAGCGAAACUCCUUCCAGGCCGAGUGUGUGGGUCCCUUCAGCGACCCCCUGGCUAGCAGCACCUUCCCACGUAGACACUACACGUCCCAGCAGGAGCUGAAGGACGAGUGCGCCCUGGUGCCCCGCACUCUGGCCACCAAGGCGAAUCGCAUCCCCGCCAACCUGCUGGACCAGUUCGAGAGGCAGCUGCCCCUCAACCGGGAUGGCUACCACACCCUGCAGUACAAGCGUACGGCCGUGGAGCACCGCAGCGACAGCCCUGGCCGCAUCCGCCACCUGGUCCAUUCGGUCCAGAAGCUUUUCACCAAGUCCCACUCCCUGGAGGGGCCGUCCAAGGGCAGUGUCAAUGGGGGCAAGGCCAGCCCGGAUGAGACGCAGACUGUGAGAUACGGCAAGCGCAGCAAAAGCAAGGAGCGGCGUUCAGAACCCAAGGCGCGAUCCAAUGCCUCCAACACCUCCCCGACCUCUCCAAGCUGGUGGAGCUCUGAUGACAACCUCGACGGCGAUAUGUGCAUCUACCACACACCCUCGGGCGUGAUGACCAUGGGCAGGUGCCCCGAUCGCUCGGCCUCACAAUACUUCAUGGAGGCCUACAACACCAUCAGCGAGCAGGCGGUGAAGGCCUCCCGGAGUAACAAUGAUGUCAAGUGCUCCACGUGUGCCAACCUGCCGGUCAACCUGGAUGCCCCACUCCUGAAGAAGAGCGCGUGGUCCUCCACGCUCACCGUGAGCAGAGCCCGGGAGGUUUAUCAGAAAGCCUCAGUGAAUAUGGACCAAGCCAUGGUGAAGUCUGAGUCCUGUCAGCAAGAACGCUCUUGCCAGUACCUGCAGGUUCCUCAAGAUGAAUGGUCAGGAUACACACCUCGAGGUAAAGAUGAUGAAAUUCCAUGCCGAAGGAUGCGAAGUGGUAGCUACAUCAAGGCCAUGGGAGAUGAAGACAGUGGGGACUCAGACACAAGUCCCAAGCCUUCUCCUAAAGUGGCUGCACGAAGAGAAAGUUAUCUCAAAGCUACUCAGCCAUCCCUCACAGAGCUCACCACACUCAAGUAA